CUGGGCGUCAGCGGGCCGUGAGGUGCGUGGUACACCGUCGGUGACCUCACCGCCUCGGUUCGCCCUCAGCCGCCCUGGUGAGCCGCGCUCCUGCGGGUCCCUCUCUCCAGCGCGCCCUUCCCGCGCAGGAAGAAGGGCCGGGAAGGCCUGGGACACGAGGGCGCUGCUGGGGCCGUAGCGCGCACUCCCUCCGGCCCGGCGUCUCCGCGUUCUGGGGAGGGGCGGAGACCCAGGCCGCGCCUUGGAGUGGGCGGUGGGGCUGCGGCUUGCCGAGCGCCCCGGGUCUGGGCAGCCACUGAGUCUCUGUCCCCGGUUGCGUGUAGUGGCGACUCGGGCGGUGAACAGCCCAGAUUUCACAGGGGCGCCGAGCAACCCAGGUCCCCGUGUGCCAGGGUCGCCGCUCCUCGGGUGGGGACGGGCCAGCGGCCUAGCGAGCUGCCACGGGGGUCUUUUGGCUGGAGGUGGAGGGGGACUCGGCCACAGCCAGGGUCCACUGGUGGGGUGGGGGUUACAGCCCUGAGACUGGUGGGCUAGGUCCGACUCGGGUUCCCUCCGACUCUGAUGCUCCAGACUUUGUUGUGGGAGGCGGGACCGGGGAGGACUUCGCCCGCGUGUUUUGGGGAAGGGCCGCUGCUUUGAGUUGGGGGCGCCCCGCCUUGGGACGAUCUUCCGCGGAUAGGAGUGUAGGCCGGGACCGAAUGUCCUCACACGGGCACGUCUAGACGUGUGGGGGGGCGGGGGCUCUGCGUGGGGCAGCGUCCGCGGGAGGUGAGGUGGCUGUGGGGACCCAGGUGGCCUCUUCCCUGGGACCUUGCUAAUGAUGGCAAAAUCCGGGUUCUGCCAAAAUAUAUUUAAAAAGGUUUAUUCCUAGUCAGUAUGAGUGACUGUGGCCCAGGUUAUUCAGUCUCAAGAGGUCCUGAGAAAGUGCCCGAGGCGGUCGGGCUUGCAGGUUAAUUUUAUACAAUUCAGGAAGACAGGAAUUUCAGGUAAAAUAAUAAAUCAGGCUGAGCACUGUGGCUCAUGCCUGUAAUCCCAGCACUUUGGGAGGCCAGGAGUUCCAGAGCAGCCUGGGCAGCACAGCAAGACCCUGUCUCUACAUGAAAUUAGAAAAAUAAAAAAUUAGCAGGGCCUGGUGUCCUAUGCAUGUGGUCUCAGCUACUUGGGAGGCCCAAUCAAUUGAGUCCGGGAGGUGGAGGCUGUAACGAGCUAUGUUGGCUGCACUGCACGCUAGCCUGGGCAACACAGCAAGAUCCCGCCUCCAAAAAGAAAAUUAUAAAUCAACAAGAGAAAGAUAUACACGGGUUCCUCCCGAAAAGCCGGUAUAUCUCCAAACGGGUUUAUACCUCUUGGGGACACUUACGGAUUAUUUAGUGGACAGUUGGUUGAGAGACUUAAGCUAUUGCCUAAAGACUGGAAUCAGAAGCAUGCCAGAGUUAAGGGGAUUGGCGUAGAUAAAAGUUCUUAUUAUGUAGAUGCAGCCUCUUAGUGGCAGCUCUCAGAAUAGAUGGUAAAUGUCUAUUUUCAGUUUUUUGGGUUUUUUUGUUUUUGUUUUUUAGAAAGAGUCUUGCUUUGUCGCCCAGGCUAGAGUGCAGUGGCAUGAUCUCAGCUCACUGCAACCUCCACCUCCCAGAUUUGAGCAGUUCUGCUGCCUCAGCCUCCUGAGUAGCUGGGACUACAGGCGCCCGCCACCAUGCCUGGCUAAUUUUUGUAUUUUUAGUAGAGAUGGGGUUUCACCAUGUUGCUCAGGCUGGUCUUGACCUCCUGACCUCAGGUGAUCCACCCACCUCGGCCUCCCAAAGUGCUGGGAUUACAGGUGUGAGCCACCGCGUGUCAGGCUGGCUGUCUCUUCCAGACCUAGGAAAGGCUUAGAACGAAGGAGGUCUGGCUAUGUUAAUGGAGAUUCGCUGCAGAUGCAAAUUUUCCCACUCAUGACAGCUUUGCGGGGCUAUCCAUUUCAAUCUGUUGCCCCUGUGGCAGCCACUUCAAAACAUGUCAAAGAAGUAUAUUUUGUAAUUUCCUUCAGCAUCUGCUGUCAUGUGAUGCUGUACCAGAGUCAGGUUGGAAAGUGAGCCUCAUUAUAUAAGAGUAAUAAAACUCGUCUGAUGAGAUUUUAUGGUUUCUCAGGCAGGACUCCCCAAGCCUCAUAGAUAGGCAUUUGGGCAAGGGAAAAAAGGUGAAUUUAGUCCUCACCAGGUUGGCAGGGCUUCCUCGGUUAUUGGAGUGGGAGUAACAGCAACCAUUAGGCCCUGCAGUUUUUUUUAAAUGCCUUUGGGGCUGUGCAGUGACCAUCCAAAUAACUGAUUUAAUCAUUUCAUUAUGGAAAAAUUGUCAGCAGAACCCCAAAGUAGAGAGACCCAUCAGUCAAGAUAUACCUCAUGACCUUGCAAGCUAAUCUAGCUUAACCGAGAUCCCCUCCUAACCUAUGCAGAUUCAUUGAGAAAUGUCAUAGCCAUGCCUAACUGGUUAAGACAUAGCCCUUUACAGCGAGAGUUGAAACCCAAGCUCUAGCACUUUCUUGGCUGUGUUGCUUUGAGAAAGGUAUUUAAAUGUUUUGUGCCUGUUUCCUCAUCUGAAAUUGGUGGGUAAUAGUCACUUCAUAGGACAGUUGUGAAGAUAGAAUGCAGAAAAAUUUGUGCCAUGCCUGGAACCAUCCCUGGCAUAUAUUAAAUUCUCAAUAAGUGUUAAAUUAUAAUGAAUAUCAACACUUCCUUAUUCUGGAAGCACCAACGGGAUAAGCUGUGUUUAGGGUUAGCAUCAUGUCAGGACAGGCUCUGUUGUGAUGCCCACACUCAGGAUCUGUUCCCAGGAACCUGCGUACAGUUGUUUUCUUCUCUGGAAGACUUUGGGUCCUUUUUUUUAACAAGAAGAGGCUCUACCCUGGGACUGGGAAUUUCCAAGGCCACCUUUGAGGAUCACAGAGCCAGUUUUAGAGCUAUUUUAGUCCCCAGCUCCUCUUCCUGCACUCCCACGUUACCCAUGAGAGGACUGUCUGCAGGAUAAGGGAGGACAGCCCAACCCCAGGUGGGGACUUCUUAUGUAUUGCCUUCCUGCAGUGCCUUCUCUGCCCUAAACCAUGGUGGGUUUCCUUUGCUAAUGUCUGGCAUCUUGUGCCCUACACUGUCCCGUCUGAGGCCCAGAACCUCUCAGCCAGUUCUCAUGGGGAACGUUCCCCAGAUCUGAUGCCCUCAUUCAGGACACGUCCAUCAUUGUCCCUACAUUUCUUCUCUCAGUGCUUUAUUCAGGCUGCUGCAUUCGUGGUGCAGACCAGGUCUUGUAAAAAAUUAUUCAGUCAGCAUGUGCUGAGCCAUUGUCCUGUCUCAGGGACAGGGCUUUAUAGUCAUUGCCAUAUUCAUCUCUUCAACCAAUGUGGAAGUUAGGAAUUGGAAUCCCCAUUUCACAGACUAAGAAGUGGUGUGUUAAUCAGUUGAAAUAAUUUUUACAGCUGGGCGUGGGGGCUCACACCUGUAAUCCCAGCACUUUGGGAGGCCAAGGCGGGCAGAUUACCUGAGGUCAGGAGUUCGAGACCAGCCUGGCCAACAUGGUGAAACCUCAUCUCUACUAAAAAUACAGAAAUUAGCCAGGCAUGGUGGCUCACGCCUGUAAUCCCAACUACUCUGGAGCCUGAAGCAAGAGAAUCACUUGAAUCCAGGAGAUGGAGGUUGCAGUGAGCAGAGAACAUGCCACUGCACUACAGCCUGGGGGACAGUGAGACUCUGUCUCAAAAAAUAAUAAUUUUUACUUUAUGUAACAUAUCUGGGAUCAAGUGGACUGGGUUCAAGUUACUUUAUGUAACAUAUCUGGGAUCAAGUGGAGCCAGCUGGGAUUUUGGGGGUUUCUGUUAAGAAUUAGCUUUAUUGAGGUAUAAUUGAGACAAUAAAAUUCUCUCUCAUUUUAAGUUCUAAUUGAUGAGUUUUGAGAACUGUAUAUAGUGAAGUCUUGAUCAUCAAAUCAACAUAUGAACAUUUUUCAUCUCCCAAAAAUGUAGGAGCUGUUUUUUUAUCUUAGGAGAAUUUUAGUGAAAUGUACGUGGAGGAGCUAAAUGUUUCAAGUUUGCCUCAUAUUCAUAUCUAAUUUAUUGGUAACUAAACCACUUUCUUCUGGCUCUCAGUUUCUGUUCCUACAGGAUAUUAACUCCCACAGAUGUCAACAGAUGGCAGGAGUGAGACCAAACAGUUUGCAGUGUUCUCCACUCACACCCUGGAAAUGAAAGUUUUCUCUAUUUUUCCUCUCCAAAUUAUCUCAGAAGGGAUAUUCAAUUUUUUUCAAAUUUACAAUGAAAAAUAUUGAAGUAGGAACUAAAGUAGAGAGAAUAUAUAACAGAUCUCUCUGUUCCCUUGCACCUUAACACUUUGCUCUUCUUAUUUCAUCCAACCCCCUCCCCACCCCAUGCUUUCUGUUUUCAGGCUAGAGCAUCUUGAAGCCAAUCCAAGACACCAUUUUAUCUGUAAAUUUACUGCAGCUACUUCUCUGAGGACUAUUUUUGUUGUUAUUGUUUUGCCUUUUAACAUAACUAGAGUACCAGAAUCAUACUCAACAAAAUCAGCAAUGUAUUAAUUUUACCCAUUACCCAGUUUAUGCAGAAAUUUUCCAGGUCUCAAAAAUUUCUCCUUACAAUUCAGAUUUCACACUCAGGUUCAUUAAGAUGGGAAGCAUGAGAGAAGAAAUAUCUAGAAACCAGCUCAGUAGUGCCCCUUGUCUGUUUUACUUCUCUCUUUGUGAUCUAGGUAAAGGAAGUUUCCCUACCUUGGCAAACUUCCCAUCUGCCUGCUUAGGUGCUGAGGCUUGUUCAUUCUUUCCCUGCCAUAGCUUUUUCCUCCCCUUCCUUCUGCCUGCCAGGCUUAUCUCCUAAUUCUCCUUCUGCCCAUGAGGAUAAAUAAUGAUCACACCACUUACCUAAUUGCCUGGCCCUAGUUCUGGUCCCAACUAUAAUCAGAAAUGUGGAUUCUGGAAUGGCAGUGAGGAGCAAUGUGGACUGUAUCUCCAGCAAAACACCAUAACUGGUAAUUUAGAAAACCAAAAACAACCAUUUAAACCACACAGAAUUUGUCUUAAGACUACUCAGGAAUUUAGAGAAACAUUUAUUCAGAAAAAUCAACUGAGCCCUGAGAACAGUGAGAGUCUGUAACAUUUGACACACAGACUGCUACCCUCCCCACCCCCAUUUUGGUCCACUUUGAGAGAAACUCCACUGUGGGCUGUGAAAAUGACAAGAUGGAACCCUGUCCCUCUCCAGUUCUCAGUCUAUGGUGACAGCUUUUCCCUGAGAGAGGCACGAUGACACUAUUCUUAACUUCUCUCCCCCUGCCAGUCCUGUGUUCCUGAAGCUGGUUUCACGUAAGUGUAGUUGAGAAGUGUGUUUGGGUGUGGACCUCCUUGAAUUUAUUCCUGGAGUUUGUUGAGUGUGCUGGCCUUGUAGAUUCAUGUCUGUCUUCAAAUUUUGAAGUUUUGGCCAUUAUUUCUUCAGUAAUCUAUCAGCAUCUUCUCCUAGACACCCAUAUAUAUGUCCAGUUAAUGGCGCCUUAUAACUCUUUUGGCUCUGUUCUUUUUUCUUCCUGCUUCUCUGUCUCUGAAAUUUCAAAUUCUUCUCUUUAUGUUUACUGAUUAUUUCUUCUGCCUGCUCAUCUGCUGUUAAACCCCUCUACUGAAUUUUUCAAUUACUGUGUUUUCGGGUCCAGAAUUUUUGUUUGCUUCCUUUUUGUAAUCUCUGUUGAUAUUUCGUUCGUAUAUAUUUUCCUGAUUUCCUUUUCUCUACCCGUGUUUACAUGAGUUUUUGAAAAUAUUUUAGACAGUCUAAAAUCUGUCUAGUUUGCUUGAAGCGUAGUUUCUCCAGGGAAGGUUUCCGUCACUUUAUUUUCUUCCACUUAUUGGGCCAUGUUUUCUGAGUUUUUGUUGUUGUUGUUAGAAAUUAGGCAUUGUGAAAAAAACAAGCUCCUUUUCCGGUUUUUGCAGACUGACUCUUUUCCAGGGAGGAUUUUUGCUAUUAUCUUGGCAUUCGUUCUAAGCUUUGGGAUCAAUCUGAGGAGAAGGUUUAAGAUUUUCUCAGGCCUUUUUGGAGCAUGGAUCUUACCUUUGCUUGUGGCUUUUUCCAUUUUCUCAUAGGCAACUGCUUUUAAAUAUUUAUUUGUCCCAAGAGUCUCUCCUCUGGGCCUCUGAUGGUCUGUUGUAUGUCUCCACCCAUAAUAUCUUGCCCAGGCAUCUGCUCUUCAGUCUGUCUGCUUCUUUACCAAGCAAGAUCCAGUGCUUUUCCUCCCUAAGGUGUGAGAUCCUCAAAACAGAACAGUCCCUCAGGCAGCCUCCAACAGCUUCGAACCUUGUAAGAAAGGUCUACUGUGCUUUCUCAGGUUUGAGGGAAGGAGGUGGAAACUGGGAUGCUGCUUUAGAGGUUCUGUUGUAUUCUGCACCUGUAAUUUUUUGCCCCAGGGAUCUAUAGGCAAGUUCACCAUGAGAUUUUUCCAUUAGGCAGCACUUGGACAGGAUAGAACAUUGGGAAUAAGGUGUAUUGGGCUGCAAAUAUGACUGUCUCCUGUUUUGUUUUUGUUGUUGUUUUGUUUUCUUGAGACUGUGUCUUGCUCUGUUGCCCAAGCUGGAGUGGAGUGGUAUGAUCAAGGCUCAUUGCAGCCUCAACCUCUUGGGCUCAAGCCAGAAGUAAUUAGGACUACAGGCACGUGCCACCACAUCCAGCUUUUACAUUUUUUGUAGAGAUGAGCCUUUGCCAUGUUGCCCAAGCUGGUCCCGAACUCCUGGGAUCAAGCGAUCCACACGCAUCAGCCUCCCAAAGUGCUGGGAUUACAGGAAUAAGCCACUGUGCCCAGCCAACUGCCUUCUUUUUUAAUGUGGCUUUUUCUUGAUUGAGCAGUUUCUUGAAUGCUGGGGACUUUUGAGUAUUUUCAAAUGAAGUUAGUUCCUAUAAGAUUAUUUUAGCCAAUUUUUUGGUAAGCAUAGAAUUAGCAAUAUGAUUAAUGCUUUUUCUGUAAACUACUGUUAUGAAAAAUCUGAAAUGGGUAGCAAAAUUGGGAGAUGGUAAUAUGAAUCCCCAUGUUGCCUUCAUCCAGAUUUGAUCAUUUUAAAACCAUGGAUAGUUUUGUUAGAUUUAUCCCUUCCCCCUGUUUAUGUGCCAAAGUAUUUUAAACAAAUCCAGAUGUCUUAUUUUACCCAUAUAUACUUGAUCUCUGAGAGGAUUUUUAAUCAAUGUUGAGGUGUAACUUGCAUACCAUAAGAAGCACUGCUUUUAACUGUAUAGUGAGUUUUGACUCACUAAAGUAUACACAGGUCACUUAUCACCUCAAUCAAGAUAUAGAACAUUUCAACAGAGUUCUCAAGUGCCCUUACAUGUAAUCAUUCCAGAGGAAAAUAGUCAAGAAUUCUCACCAAAAUAUGGACAAGUAGUAUCCAGCAAUACAUGAAAAGGAUGAUAUAUUCUAGCCAAAUAGAGUUUGUUCCCAAAAAAACGAGGAUAGGGUGAACAUACAGUAAGCUACCUGUGGAGAUAUUUAACUUUUUUUUUUUUUUUUUUUUUUUUUUUUUUUUUGCUGGAGUGCAGUGGCACGAUCUCCGCUCACUGCAAGCUCCGCCUCCCGCAUUCACACCAUUCUCCUGCCUCAGACUCCUGAGUAGCUGGGACUACAGGCGCCGCCACCACUCCCGGCUAUUUUUUGUAUUUUUUUGUAUUUUCAGUAGAGACGGGGUUUCACAGUGUUAGCCAGGAUGGUCUCAAUCUCCUGACCAUGAGGAGGAGGCCCGCCUCGGCCUCCCAAAGUGCUAGGAUUACAGGCGUGAGCCACCGCGCCGGGCGGAGAUACUUAACCUUACUUAACUUUCUUUCUGUAGUUCUCCGCUUAGGAACAAAAGGAAAGGCAGCUUCUUGGAUGAAUGGGCUUUCAGAUUAAUAUUUUUCUUUUGGCAGAGUGGUUUGGGUUCCAACGUUUUUAUUUUCCUUUCACUGCUUUCAGGGAGCAAAAGAGAAAAACCUACAUGACUAUCUUAAUGCAGAAAAAUACUUGAUAACAUUUCACACCUAUUCAGGGUAAACAUUCUCAGCAAAUGAGGAAUAGAAAGAAUUUCCCUUAAUGAAACAAAGGUGAUGUGUGACAGCCUGGCUGUCAGUGUGUUCACACUAAGAUCAGGAACAAGCAUUAAUGUUGAUUCUUAUCACUCUUAAUUUAGCAUUAUCCUAGAAUAUCUAGCUAACCUAUUAAGGUAUUAAAAAGGAAUAAAAGGCAUAAACGUUGAAACAGAAAGAAAAAAUUUUUAUUCACAGAAGAUGUGAGUAUAUACAUGGAAGAAUCUGUAGUUAAACAACUAGAUACUAGUAACACACAGUUUAGGAACUUCAGGAAAUAAGGUCAGUAUUUUUAAAAAGCACUUGUAUUUCUGUAACCUAGCAGCAAACAGUUAAAAAAUGAAAUACAUAUUUAUACUACCAUCAAAAACAAAAUAUUUAAACUUCUAAGAGUAAAUGUAGGGGAAUAUCUGUUUGACUUUGGAAUAGGUAAAGAUAGCACAGAUGGGACAUGAAAGGUGUAAACUAUGUAAGUAUUUAGAAAGAAAUAACAAAAAUGUUUUAAAUCCCCUUUCAACUGCCCUCAGAAGAAGAAAUUUCACUGUUUUUCUUCUCCAACUACAUGUAAACCAAAAAGUAUCAGAGUCAAGUACCAAUUUAGAUGUUUAUUUUGCCACAGUUGAGGACAUGCCACAGAGAGGUCAGUGGCUUUCCCCAAAGAUGAGUUUGAGAGCUUCAUUGUUUAAAAAGGAAAAGUAGGCUGGAGGGGAAAGAGGAAAGGUAUGGUAAUCCACCUGUGACAAGAGAAAAGGAGCAGGCAGGAGAAUAGUUAUACAUUCAUCUCACACUCAGUAAAUCAGCACUUUACAUAAGAUAGGUGUGCAUAGAGUAGCUACUGUGGAGAUAUUUAACGUUUUAUCUGUAGCUAUCUCCUUAGGAACAAAAGGAAAGGCAGCUUCUUGCAUGACUCAGCUUUCAGCUUAAUGUUUUCCUUUUGGCAGAGUGGACUGGGAUCCCUAGUUUUAUUUUCCUUUCAUAACACCAUAGUAUUUGUUCACUUCUUCUGUCUCAAAGUUGCUGGCUAGUGGAUGUAUGUUGUGUUCAUCAUAAUCACCACAUGAUAGCAUCUUUGUUCCUUCACAUUUCCUUCUUUUCACCCCUAUGUCUGUGUUUUUACUUUUACUUUUUUUUUAAUCAAAACAUUCACUUAAAAGUAUAGUGAAUACUCUAAUGAAAUCAUUAUACCCACCACCUUAAUUUACAGUUCUUUUCCUGUAUUUCUACUGGAAUUUUUUUCAAAAAAUUCAGAGAAAAUAAUAUAUUGAACCCAGUACACAUUAUUCAGUUCUAAAAAUUAUGAAGUGUGGCCAGUAAUGCUCAAUUGACUUUUGAGGGUGAGAAGGGGUGUUUAAGCACAUCCAGACAUCAUUUUCACUCAUGAAUGUUCCAAAAGUUUGCAUACAAGGAAGGGCUCAUGUUUUUAAAACCCCAAAUUUUUUAUAACAACAAAAUUAAUGUUUGAUAAUCUAAUAUCCAAUUAGUGUUCAGAUUUCACUAGCUGUUAAAACUCCUCACAUAUUCUUUGUUGCAAUCAGAUCCAAAUUGCAUUGGAUCACUCAUUGCCUUAGAUUGACCAUGUGUCUGAGGACUUUUAUUCCUGACAGCUCACACUCCCCAUGCUAUUAAUUUGUUAAAGGCUUUGGUGUUGUACAGUACUGAAUAACUGCCAAUGCCAUCUGCCUGUGGCCUUCUCAACUUUGUCUGCCCCUGUGGUUAUCCUGACUUCAAACCCGGGGAGACAGAGGCUAGAAGAGGCAGACAGCUUUUGUGUGUUCUCCUGUCCAGUGCAAAGAAUACCUGGAACUCCGAGCCCUAAUCUUAAACGCAGGACCUCAUCUGCAGGUGUUCCUCAUCCUUUUAGCCCCUCAGUGAUAUAAGCAACAAACCUCAUCCAGCUCCUGGGGCUCAGGGUCUUCACUCCCCGAUGAGCUUGUCCUGGAUUUGCAGGGAGCCUGGCUCCCUAGACCUUUUGGCCAGACCCCCACAGGGGAAUUGUGCAGGUACGCCCUCCCUAGAUCCCCAGUUGUGUCACACAUGGGGAGGGCAGCUGCACCCAGCCACCCUCUGACUUCUCUCCUCCCAACAGAUCGGCCAUCUGCAAGCUUCCCUUCUCCAUGGAGAGCAGGAAGACAGUCAUGGGACCCCAGGGAGCCAGGAGACAGGCUUUCUUGGCAUUUGGGGAUGUCACUGUGGAUUUCACCCAGAAGGAAUGGAGGCUGCUGAGCCCUGCUCAGAGGGCCCUGUACAGGGAGGUGACACUGGAGAACUACAGCCACCUGGUCUCACUAGGAAUAUAUGCAGAACAUGUCCUGCGGCCCAAGAAUCUUGGACUUGCACAUCAGAGGCAACAGCAACUACAGUUUUCUGAUCAAAGCUUCCAGAGUGACACAGCUGAAGGUCAAGAGAAAGAAAAAAGCACUAAGCCCAUGGCAUUUUCCAGCCCACCCCUAAGACAUGCAGUAAGCUCAAGGAGGAGGAACGGUGUAGUGGAAAUAGAGUCUAGUCAAGGCCAGAGGGAAAAUCCUACAGAAAUAGACAAAGUAUUGAAAGGAAUGGAAAAUUCAAGAUGGGGAGCAUUCAAGUGUGCAGAGCGUGGGCAAGACUUCAGCCGGAAGACUAUAGUAAUCAUACACAAAAAAGCACAUUCCAGGCAGAAACUUUUUACAUGCAGGGAGUGUCACCAGGGCUUUAGAGAUGAGUCAGCAUUGCUCUUGCACCAGAACACACACACAGGCGAGAAGUCCUAUGUGUGUAGUGAGUGUGGGCGAGGCUUCAGCCUCAAGGCAAAUCUCCUCAGACACCAGAGGACACACUCAGGAGAGAAGCCUUUUCUGUGCAAGGUGUGUGGACGAGGCUAUACCAGUAAGUCAUACCUCACUGUGCAUGAGAGAACACACACAGGAGAGAAGCCUUAUGAAUGCCAGGAGUGUGGGCGAAGGUUUAACGAUAAGUCCUCAUACAACAAGCACUUGAAGGCGCAUUCAGGGGAGAAGCCUUUUGUGUGCAAGGAGUGUGGGCGAGGCUAUACUAAUAAGUCAUACUUCGUUGUGCACAAGAGAAUACACUCAGGAGAGAAGCCUUACAGAUGCCAGGAGUGUGGCCGAGGCUUUAGCAAUAAGUCACACCUUAUCACACACCAGAGGACACACUCAGGGGAGAAGCCCUUUGCGUGCAGGCAGUGUGAGCAAAGUUUUAGCGUGAAAGGAAGUCUCCUCAGACACCAGAGAACACACUCAGGGGAGAAGCCUUUUGUGUGCAAGGAUUGUGAGCGAAGCUUUAGCCAAAAGUCAACUCUCGUCUACCACCAGAGAACACACUCAGGGGAGAAACCUUUUGUUUGUAGAGAAUGUGGGCAAGGAUUUAUUCAGAAGUCAACCCUUGUGAAACAUCAGAUCACACACUCAGAGGAGAAGCCUUUUGUGUGCAAGGACUGUGGACGAGGCUUUAUCCAAAAAUCAACCUUCACUUUACACCAGAGGACACACUCAGAGGAGAAGCCUUAUGGAUGUCGGGAGUGUGGGCGAAGGUUUCGGGAUAAGUCCUCCUAUAACAAGCACCUGAGGGCACACUUGGGUGAGAAACGUUUUUUCUGCAGGGAUUGUGGGCGAGGCUUUACCCUGAAGCCAAAUCUCACCAUACAUCAGAGGACACACUCAGGAGAGAAGCCCUUCAUGUGCAAGCAGUGUGAGAAAAGUUUUAGUUUGAAGGCAAAUCUUCUUAGACAUCAGUGGACACACUCAGGGGAAAGGCCAUUUAAUUGCAAGGAUUGCGGGCGAGGCUUCAUCCUAAAGUCAACUCUCUUCUUCCACCAGAAGACACACUCGGGGGAGAAGCCUUUCAUCUGUAGUGAAUGUGGGCAAGGAUUUAUCUGGAAGUCAAACCUUGUGAAACACCAGCUUGCACAUUCUGGCAAGCAGCCUUUUGUAUGCAAGGAGUGUGGGCGAGGCUUCAACUGGAAGGGAAAUCUCCUCACACACCAGAGGACACACUCAGGGGAGAAGCCCUUCGUGUGUAAUGUGUGUGGGCAAGGCUUCAGCUGGAAGAGAAGUCUCACCAGACACCACUGGCGGAUACACUCAAAGGAGAAGCCUUUUGUGUGCCAGGAGUGUAAGCGAGGCUAUACCAGUAAGUCAGACCUCACUGUGCAUGAAAGAAUACACACAGGAGAGAGGCCUUAUGAAUGCCAAGAGUGUGGACGAAAGUUUAGCAAUAAGUCAUACUACAGUAAGCACUUAAAGAGACACUUACGUGAGAAGCGUUUUUGUACAGGGAGUGUGGGUGAGGCUUCAUCUUGAAGUCAUAUCUCACCAGCCAUCAGAGGACACAGGAGAGUAACUUUGCUUUGUUACAAGCUUUAGUUGAGGCUAUAUAACUUGGUCGUGAAGAUAUAACAAAGGCAGACAGAAUCCAGAGGGCUACAGAGAACCUGAAUUCAACCCAUGUGUCCCCAAGAGAUUCAGAGAAAAGAGGUCAAUGUUUAGGGAACAGAGAUGCCAGUUGAGGGGAGGGCAUUACCUGGGCUAUUGGGGAAAUGUGGUCUCUUUCCUACUGAGCACAUAUUCUUGUUGUAUUUGAGUGCCAGGCUGUGCUUUCUAAGGACUACUCUUAGCCAGUGACUGCAGAGCAGGGAUAGCAAGGCAGGCCUGUUACUGACACUCUCCCCAACCUCCUUGGACUGCAGGCAAUCUAGGACACCUCCACCAAACCUCCUCUUGCACUUUCCUUCCCUCUGGCUGCCCUCCCAGCCUUCCUUGGUUUGGAUGUUUUGUCCCCUCCUUAAUUUAUGUUGAAACUCUACAUAAACUGUUUACUGUUGAAACAGUGUAACAGUAUUAGGAGGUGGGACCUUUGGGAAGUGAUUAAGUCAAGUCACGAAGAUAAGAGUUUUGUGAAUGGGAUCAGGUGCCCUUAUGAAGAGGCUUGAUAGAGGGAGUUUGUCCUGUGGCCCUUCUAUUUUCUGCUCUGUGAGGACACAAUGCUCCUCGCUUCCAAAAGAUGCAGCAUGAAGGCAUCAUCUUGGAAACAGACAUGAGCCCUCAACAGACAACUGAACCUACCGAUGUUUUGAUGUUGAACUUCCCAGCUUCCAGAACUCUGGGAAAAUAAAGUCCUCUUUAUACA